AUGUCGGCGGUGCAACCCGAUGACGAGGCCUACUUUACCGCUCUGCUGCAGUCAUGGAAGAUUCCCGAGUCGCUGCGUGGUGUCUUGCAGCAGAAGGGGUAUACCACUUUGUCGCUUAUUGCCCAUGCAUUGCCGUCCUUGGAUCAGCUCGAGAUGUUUGUGGUGGCCACGCUGGGACGCCCCACUGACCACUCGCCAGAUCAGCCUUUGUUCACGCCUGAGGCUGCCGCACUUCGUCGCAUUGUGCAUGAAGCUUCUCGCAUGCUAGUGUUGCCAGCGCCGUCCGCUGGUGCCUCAGCUGGACAGCCUGUGGCUCUGCCGAGCAAAUCCAGAAUCACGGCGGCCGACAAGAUCACGCUCCUGCAGGAGUUUCAACGCAAGUACCCUUCUGAAUAUUUGCGACCUGAGACUUCGCCUUCGCUGUCAUUCUUGAAUCAGGCCAAGGAUGCGGUUGAUGCUAAGAGCAUGGGUUGGAUUGCCUGGCGCUACCGCACCUCCGAAGCUGAUGAGGCGAGUUGGACGGAGCACCGGCCGUUGGAGCCGAUAGUGCGCCGGUACAUCGAGAUUCUGUGCCAUGCCUUAGCCAUGUUGUCUGCGAUGCAUCUCUUCCCGCUGCGCAAAAUGCAAGAACGUUUUGUGGCGCAUGCCAUUGCACAGCCUGCUGACAAGACUCUGCAAGCGCCUAAUCUCACGGAAAUCAUGCAAGCGGACAAAGUGUUCUGGUUGGGGGUCCUCACCUUGCAGACCGAACACGCUUGGUCUUUGGAUGACUCUGUGGCAGAAAUGAUUCACAUGCGGCCAGAUGUUCUGGUUGCACUGGCGCCGCGCCCCAAGGCGGUUUCGUUGCCUGGACCUUCUCCUGAUGCCCGCAAGCGCUCUGCAGGGAGCAAGGCAGAGAAGAGCAGUGGGGCCCCGGCCAAGAAGGCUAAGAAUCAGUCUCAGGCCUCUGCCAAGGCUGGCGCCAGCCCUGACAAGAUCACGGUCAAGAAUUGGCCGGCCAAUUGGAGUCGUCAGAUUCAGGGGAAGGCUGUUUGCAUUCGUUUCCAC